AUGAAAGGCCGCUCGCUCUUCCCAUCUGCAGUUCCCCAAGUUCAGGACGUCACGGUCAACACUCGCCCAAAUCCAACCACUCCUUUGUCAAUUGAGUUAACUAAGGACAUUCCGCCUGAUCCCACGACUUCAAAGAGCCAACGCAAGCAUCCCCCUCCUUCCAAAACCGCCGAGGAUGGCGCAGUGCAAGGACGAUCGCUUGUUGCCUACAUCACAAACCUCAAGGUGUCAACGUUUCACAGGCUCUACAAGAAGGCUUGGAGACAGGAGAUGUUUGCUCUCGCAACGGCCCAACGCGUUAUCACUACUGACGAAAAGUCGCCUCGCUUUUGGGAAUUUUCGCUCGUGUUUGACCCAACAUUAAUUGUUCAACCAAAUAAAGGUGACCGUGCUAUUGAAUAUGAGAUCGACCAUGCUGUGGUGCACGUGUACGAUCGCUAG